AUGGGUCGAAAAAGAAAUACUGGAUGGUUCUAUACUGGCCCUAGUCCGUCACCACUUGAUAGCCAAAGAUUGUGUAAUCUCCCAGGAUAUGUUGAAGUUAGUCCUGUUAUCACUGAGUGUUCCAAGGCUCGAUCGGGUUUAAACGAGCUCAUAUUGGAUAAAACCAAAGGCUCACUCAAGAAAUGGCCAUGGACUAACUGUGUGACAAAACUUGAGAAAAAGGGCUACGAACUUCGACUCAAACCAGGUUCGACUACACCAUUCGAUCUGAUUACCUCACCUAGCUCACACCUUCGUGACGGCGAAGCUAAGAAAAUCAACAAUGACCUUGAAUUGGAAUUGAUUGAAGUUGUGGAGAUAUGA